AAUUGGUCGAGGCAAGCACAACACCCGAUCGGAUCGCUAUACCAAAACUAAAAGAAAAAGAAUAACCAUGGGUAGUCAUACACUUUUCACCGCUCUGAUAGUGGCCGCCCUCGGUCUCAGCCAGCUGGACAGCUGUCUGGCCAUACAGUGCUAUAACUGCACAUCAACUGACAAUGGUGAAAAUUGCCUCAAAAAUCCCGCAAGUUUUUCUACCGUGGACUGCACAACUGAUUGUUUUACUUCUGCAGAGCCUGGAAACAUAACUCGCGGCUGCCUUUCCGGUGACGCCAACUGCAGUGGUUUCAAUUGCAAUAGUUGCAACAGCGACAAGUGCAACACGAACCUCGUUUGCCAGCAAUGCCUGGGCCUGGCCGAGUGCGGUUCAUCGAAUGUGACAGACUCCAAAUACAAUGUGGUCUGCGGAUCGACGGAUCAGUUCUGUGUCAAUCAGGUGAACGAAAACCAGACGGUGACGCGCCAGUGCGGCUCUGCCUGUGCCACCGAUGCCAAGCCGGACACCUGUUCAUCCUGCAAUACGGCCCUCUGCAACGAGGGCAUGUACCCAACGACACGCCUCCAGUGCUACAGCUGCACAGGCGAGACCUGUAACACACCUGCCAUCACCUCGCUGACUGCCUGUGAACUUGUCAGCGCUCAGUGCUACAUGACCGGAACGAGCGCCACUGCCAUGCAACGUGGCUGCACCUCGGAUGCAGGGGCCAAGUGCCAGGUGGGCAGCACGGAUACGAGCUGCGUCAUUUGCAACACGACGAGCUGCAACAAUCUGGCCUACGAACGGGAUGCCGGUACCUGCAUCGAGUGCACCAAUUGUGCCGCGGAACAGAAUACUACCAUUGCCAAAUCCUGUGGCAAACUCACCUACAACCAGGAGGAUCUCGGCUGCUACACCUUAAACAAUGGCACUGUGACGCGUGGUUGUCUCACCGCCGAGCAGGGAGCCUGCACCACGGAGAACAGCUGCAAAAAAUGUUCGGAGGCGAACUGCAAUGUGGCUGCCGAGGCCGUUGAGUUCCAGUGUGCGAUGUGCAACACUCUCACCGAUGCCAAGUGCCAGGCCGGCGUUGAUGCUCCUUUAACAGCUUGCACCUCCAACAAUUGCUUCUACGGAUAUUGGAAUGGAGCCGGUAUACGCGGCUGCUUCGAUCAGGCCAGCGAACUGAUGCAGUACCAAUGUGUUAACGAGAAGAGCCACGAAUGCGUGCAGUGCACGACGUCCCUUUGCAAUAAGGUGCCCUUCUCCGGAGCAGACACCCUCAAAAAGCUGAGUGUGGGUCUCCUUGUGGGGCUCGUUCUGGCCCUUCGAUACACCCUAAACUAAUCACGGCGCUUGGCCUAUGAGUAAGGCGUACCCCCAAAGGAAAACGUAAAAUAAUUAUGAUAAUAGUUAGGAAUAUUUGUCUUAUCACAAAUAAAAGUCUUGUACAUAAUGUAUACCAAAUUA